AUGCCUGCCUUCAACAGAUUGCUUCCCCUAGCAUCCCUCAUGCUCGUCUACUGGGUCAGAGUCUGCUUCCCUGUGUGUGUGGAAGUACCCUCGGAGACGGAAGCCGUGAAGGGCAAUCCCAUGAAGCUGCGCUGCAUCUCCUGCAUGAAGAGGGAGGAGGUGGAGGCCACCACUGUGGUGGAAUGGUUCUACAGGCCUGAGGGCGGUAAAGAUUUCCUUAUAUACGAGUAUCGCAAUGGCCACCAGGAGGUGGAGAGCCCCUUUCAAGGUCGUCUGCAGUGGAACGGGAGCAAAGACCUGCAGGACGUGUCCAUCACUGUGCUCAAUGUCACUCUGAACGACUCUGGCCUCUACACAUGCAACGUGUCCAGGGAGUUUGAAUUUGAGGCACACAGGCCCUUUGUCAAGACCACGAGACUAAUACCCUUGAGAGUCACUGAAGAGGCGGGAGAAGACUUCACCUCCGUGGUCUCAGAAAUCAUGAUGUACAUCCUCCUGGUCUUCCUCACCUUAUGGCUGUUCAUUGAGAUGAUCUACUGCUACAGAAAGGUCUCCAAGGCUGAAGAGGCAGCCCAGGAAAAUGCGUCUGACUACCUUGCUAUCCCUUCAGAGAACAAGGAGAACUCUGUGGUGCCUGUGGAGGAAUAA